UUCAAACGACGAGUCCGACGAGCCACCGUCGUCGAGCAUGGAGGAGACGAAGAGGAAGAAGCGGAGGCCGCCGCCGAAGGCCUCCGGCGAGGCUUCCGUGACCGGAGAACUCGCCACGCUUCACGCUCUCUCGCUCCACCUGGCGUGCGGGCUGAGCUUGGCGGCGGCGGCGCCGCUGCUGUGGAUCGCCACCCGCGGCGUCGAAUCCGCCAAUCUCGUCUCCGAUCCUUCUCGAGCUCUCCGUCUCGUUUGGGUCAUCGAGUGUCCGAUCGCGUUCCUUCUCUACGGUCUUGUCAGGGAGAGGCCCGCGCAAACCUCGUAUGUAAGAGCUGUCCUUCGCGGUGCGCUCGCGUUGCCAGCCGGGGCUCUUGUUAAUGAUUUGGGAGCUAUUGCAUUGGGUGCGCCUGUUGGGAUACAGUACUUGGUGAAGACCGUUAACUGGUCCCUCGUGAUGUCGACCUUGACCUUUGUGCCGGCCGCUUGUGUUUUCGGUGCCUCAUGGAACAGUUGGCAACGUAUCUUCGCAUUUACAAAACCAAUCAGUUCUGUGGAUUUCAUGAUUUGUCUGCCUGCUCAUGGUGCAAUUAUUGGAGCUUGGUUUGGUGCAUGGCCUAUGCCGCUUGAUUGGGAAAGGCCAUGGCAGGUACUUUCUCCUUACUACAAGCUCGUCAUUGUUUGAUGUGGAUGGUGUGUAGGAGUGGCCGAUCUGUGUGAGUUACGGAGCCAUCAUAGGGUACCUCGUUGGGAUGGUGGCAUCUCUGGGCUUUAUUCUCCUUCGACGUGGACAUCAUCAUGUGAAAGUAGACUAGUGGACUGACACAGGGAAUAUCAUUGGCAAUUGUAUUGGUGGAGCUGCUUUAGAGAUGACUACGGCACUCUUCACAAUUUUAACAAAUCCUGUUAACAGCAGAUAUGAUUGUCCCUCCUAGUUUCAUAUGCUUUCCCGAGGAAUCUACCUUAACAUUUUUCAUCUACUUAUGCUUCACGGGUGUGGGUUUCCAGGGUGCACACCUGAACUGCUAACUGAUGUCAAUGCCAAUUAUUCAAUGACGACAGCAAUUCUAUUGACAUCCUGGUAGGUAAUUAUUUAGCUUCUCAAAAACACAUUGACUCUAAGGCAGUGAUAAGGCUAUCAGUGCGAAGAAGCAAAAUUUUUAUAGGAAAAGUUGUGUCCAUUAAUGUUGUACAUACUUAUGUAGGAGUGCAGUCAGCAGACUCAGAACAGCUUGUGCUGGCCUAGUUUCAUAAUUGUAUGUUUGCUGUCAAAGUUUGUUGUUGUUGUAGUUAAAGUAUGUUCCUAUGCA